AUAUAAUUCCAAAAACUAUACCAGUUCUAUAUGAUUUGACAUUAGUCACUGGUUUAUUAUCGAUUCGAUUCGAUAACUCACGAGGAUUAGGUUUGGUUUCACGCCAUUUAUAUGAGAAAACAGAUACUGAGUCAGUUCAUUGGUCGGUCACUAUCACCCGUCAUUUUUAUCGCAGAUAAGAGAUAAGCUUAGCUAGUUGCCGCAACGAACAAACAUAAGAACCGGGAUGCAAUCACGCUUCACAAACGAACAAAACUAAUGUUUUUCGGUUUCUUGUCAAUAAAUUUAUAUCCAGAGAACCUGUCGAUUGUGUGUUUGUGUGAUCAAAAUGGGUUUCACUCUGCCUGUGCUGGAGAAAUGUUGUUGUUGUUUUAGUGUCAGAGUCGGUACUUUGAUCAUCGGCUAUUUGUCUAUGUUCAACUGCUUAAUGUCAAUUGCCACGACCGCCACCGGCAUCGCAUGGCUCGCCAAGUUCGUGGAGUCGGAGAAGCACAAUCCCAACCCUCAGCACCCUCCAGAGCAGCUGGCGGCAGGGGCGUUGGGCAUCUACAUCACUUGUGGGAUCUACCUGGUCUUGUACUUGUAUUAUUUCGUCAUAUGCUUACUGGUCAUCGUAGGUGUGCAUAGGAACAAACCCCACCUGUUAACGUACUACGUGAACACAGUUUUGUUUAUGCUCGCCGUGGGGGCUGCGCUCAUUGUCGUUACUGUCGUCUUUAUGGGCGUCAUUGCUGCGAUACCGUUACUCUUCUCUAGUGUAAUCGUGUUUUACUGCCUGCUAGUGGUCCGGAGCGCUUAUCUCGAGAUGGUGGAACAGAACCGACCGAAAGUGUACGAAAUGCAUACCGUCAGCACUCAACAAGCACCGCUUAUGGCGUAACUCCUGUUUAUGUUUCUCUCAUCUGGUUAUUCUAUACAAUAUACGAGAUGCCAUGGAUCAUAUUAUUCUUUUCAUCACACUUGCUCGAAAAAGAUCUUAUUUCAUGCAGGUGUGCUGAAGGACAAAGGCCUAUUUUGUUCCGCGGGAGUUAUGGAUUGUGAAAAAACAGGUAUAACUCCCUAGGGAGUUAUAGCAUUAUCUAUAAUUUUGUCACUUAUUCAUACAAACUAAGUAGCAUAAAUGAGUUUUAAAAUACUGACGUUUAUAAUUUAAUAUUUUUUCUUAUGUUUAAAAUUAUUUAAUUUGAUUAAAGCCGUUCAAAGUAUUUUCACAUAAUUUUCAAUCGUGGCUGAAUGCCUAAUAGAUCUGUGCCUUCAAUUCCUCACCUGCCAAGAAAUUAUAAAAUGACGGACGAAGACGAAUGUUUGUUAUGUAUGUGUGUAUAAACUCUUUAUUGUACAAAAUACAAAAUAUCAAUAUGGCACCCUCGUAUCUAGAAUUUCACUUACCAAUGCACUAUAAGGCUAUAACCAACUGAAUUUAUUCCGUGACCGUAGAGAUUCCUUAAUUUUCUAUCGUGGGGAAUGUGCCCAAACCGACGUCAGAUCGGUUUGGAAUGUUCUACUCUACGGGCGGAAUGUCAUGACGUCAGUAUCUUCAUAUACUUAUCUGGAUUGCUUUAAGUACCUGCAUAUAUCAGCCUACUAUACGGUCUAUAGGUACUCUGGCAAGCUAGCCUUGUCAGUAGAAAAAGACGCAAAAUUCUAAACUCUAUGGGAAAUCGAUCCAUUGAAAGAUCUGGCUCGCCGGAGUUUAUCAUGAAUAUAACAUACAGCUAAAUGUACCUACAUACAAAUAUACAAUUGUUUUAUGUGCG